AUGGAUACGCCUAGGGUCCUGCUCUCGGCCGUCUUCCUCAUCAGUUUUCUGUGGGAUUUGCCUAGCUGCCAGCAGGCGUCCAUCUCCUCCUCGUCUUCGUCGUCCGCGUCCGCCGAGCUGGACUCCAGCAAGGGCAUGCGGAGCAGCAAGGAAGGGAAGACGCUGCGGGCGCCGCGCAGGAGCGCAGCGGGCGAGAUGCCCCGCGAGCGCCCGGAGCCGCAGCCGCGGCCGCACCACGAGUCCCGGCCAGCGCACAGGGGUCUGCGCGUGGUGCCCCACGAGUACAUGCUGUCCAUCUACAGGACUUACUCCAUUGCCGAGAAGCUAGGCAUCAACGCCAGCUUUUUCCAGUCUUCCAAGUCAGCCAAUACGAUCACCAGCUUUGUAGACAGAGGACUGGACGAUCUCUCGCACACUCCUCUCCGGAGUCAGAAGUAUUUGUUUGAUGUGUCCACGCUCUCAGACAAAGAAGAGCUGGUGGGCGCGGAGCUCCGGCUGUAUCGCCAGGCGCCCGCAGCGCCCCGGGGGCCCCCGGCUGGGCCGCUCCACGUGCAGCUUUUCCCCUGCCUGUCGCCCCUGCUGCUGGACGCGAGGACCCUGGACCCGCAGGGGGCGCCCCCGGCCGGCUGGGAAGUCUUCGACGUGUGGCAGGGCCUGCGCCACCCGCCCGGGAAGCAGCUGUGUUUGGAGUUGCGGGCGGCGUGGGGCGAGCCGGACGCUGGGGAGAGCGAGGAGGGGCGCGCGGGGGGACCCCAGCAGCCGCCACCGCCGGACCUGCGGAGUCUGGGCUUCGGCCGGAGGGUGCGAUCCCCGCAGGAACGCGCCCUGCUCGUGGUGUUCACCCGAUCCCAGCGCAAGAACCUGUUCGCCGAGAUGCGCGAACAGCAGCUGGGUUCUGCGGAGGCUGCCAGCCCGGGGAUGGGCACCGCAGGGUCGUGGCCGCCACCGUCGGGCGCUCCGGAUGCCGCCGCCGCCUCCGCGCCCUGGUUACCUGCGCCGGGCCGGCGACGGAGGCGCACGGCCUUCGCCAGCCGCCACGGCAAACGGCACGGUAAGAAAUCGAGGCUGCGCUGCAGCAAGAAGCCCCUGCACGUGAACUUCAAGGAGCUGGGCUGGGACGACUGGAUUAUCGCGCCGCUCGAGUACGAGGCCUAUCACUGCGAGGGCGUGUGCGACUUCCCGCUGCGCUCCCACCUGGAGCCCACCAACCACGCCAUCAUUCAGACGCUCAUGAACUCCAUGGAUCCCGGCUCCACCCCGCCCAGCUGCUGCGUGCCCACUAAAUUGACUCCCAUCAGCAUCCUGUACAUCGACGCGGGCAACAACGUCGUCUACAAGCAGUACGAGGACAUGGUGGUGGAGUCGUGCGGGUGCAGGUAGCAGUGGUGCCUGUCCGCCCCGCCUUGGCCCCGGACCACAGGGAGGCCGGACUGCCGAGAGAGGCUGGCCUUGGAGGAAGAGGCUGCGGGUGAGGACGCGAGGAUGCAGCCUGGACCCGAGAAAGGGGGGGACAAGGGAAAGGGGAUGAGCGAGCGGGGAGCACAGGCCUCCCAGAACCUUCCACCGACAGCCUAGAGUCACACCUUGCCUGGGUUCACCCUGAAGAAACACGCCGAGGAGGAUUUCUCUUUUCUCUCUUUUUCUUUAGUCGUUGUGGCUUUUCAUUUCCUUGUGUGCUUCAAAGGUGUGGAUGGGAAGGUGGGGGGAGGGAAGGCACAUAUUUGUUUCUCAGUUGAUCGAUGGAUUGAAAAAAAAAAGUGGCAUAAAAGGGGGAAACAAUGUGGACAAACGAAUCAAUCGUCUC